AACACCUCCCUGUAUGGGAUAUAGACACAGGUCCUCCGUCCCUGAGGUUACUAAAGCUGUCACUAGUCUGAAACAAGGCAAAGCAGUGGGACCUGUUGCAAUAACUCCAGAGGUAUUUAAGUACGGUGGAGACAGUUUACUGUCUGCACUAAGUGAGGUAGUAGGCAGCGUCUGGGAAUCAGAGGAAGUCCCAUUGGGUUGGUGUAAGCCACUGAUUACCCCCAUAUACAAUAAGGGAGACAAGUCUUCCUGUGAUAAUCACAAAGGGGUUAGCUUGACUAGUGUGGUAUCUAAAGUCCUAGGCUCAAUAAUCAUGCGUAGACUAAGUGGUGCUUGGGAGGCACAAACACGAGAGAACCAGACAGGCUGUAGACCAGGAAGAGGGUGUAUUCAUCAUAUCUUCAUCCUUCGACAGAUACUAGAACACAGACAUCCUUAGCGGCGUCCAACAAUCAUUAUAUUUCUUGACCUGAAGGCGGGAUUCGAUUCUGUUGAACGAGAGGCGAUGCUUGGCUGUAAAGGGAAUACCAAGAAAAUAGAUUGCACUGAUCAAGGCAUUCUACUAGAACUCAUGGCAUCAGCCAGGUGAGGGCUUACAGCGAGUUGUCAUCUAAAGUGACGACUAGUGGUGUCCGUCAGGGAUGCCUAUUAUCCCCAUUUCUAUUCAAUUUCAUCAUAGAUGUACUAAUGGACUUUACCCUAAUUCACUUCAGAGACUCAGGGAUUGACUUUCUACCAGUGAAUAAUCUCGUCGACUUAGAAUAUGCAGACGAUAUAGUCCUU